AUGUACGAUGAAGAGUUCGACGAGCUGUAUUGCAAACAGUGGUAUUACGAGAAAGAAAAUGGACUGUAUUUGGGUCUCAAUGAGAUCUUCGCACUGAGAAUGAGCGAGCAACAAGAACGUACCCUCCACUUCGAGUCAGACUACGACGAUAAGAGCGAUCUGCUCAGCAAGCUGCAAGAAUCCACAUCGUCCUUCAAGCGAAUGAUGAUCACGAGCCCGUCGGUCAUCGAAUUGAAUAUCGAUGAUGGAAUGGUCGAGUCUCAGUCUGACAGUGGUUUCACCAUCGAUGAUUUACUCGAUUCCGUCCUCGCCUUGAGCGGCGUAGACGAAAAUGAGAACGACUUCGAAAUUGAGGGUGGCGAGGCAUGCCGUGUCCUGGCCAAGACUGUGGAUGAAAUCACUGGCUGGGAGAUGCUCCGUAUCUUUCUGCUCGAUGAGUCGCAACUCGAUCACGAAGGUGUCCUCUUGGACGACUAGCUCGAACUUUCUGCCCUGGAUAAAGGACGACUGCGAACGACGGACAGUGGCGAUCAGAAGAGGUAGUGUUUGGCUGAAACUAUCGCAGGAUAUAGUUGAGGUUGGGAGUUGUUGAGUGGCGCAAGACCUUUGUUUCUCUAGGAGACUGGACUUGAAUGGGUGGCAUAGGAAAAGACCUCAUCGCGUCUUCUUGAUAUAGUCGGAUUGCCUAAUACAUGUUUGCCGCCUUCAGAUGCCGACAUCCCAGCCAUCCAUCUCGGCCUGCGGACGAGCAGUCGCCGAAAGACAAGAUUCGAGGAUUCAAUGGCCGCGUGCCGGUGCAAAGCGGCCAACGAUAUGCAGUCGAUUAGUUCCGCCGUAGAUAGACCCAACAGUGUGAGCGCUGACCUCCAGUGCCCAUGACAU